GGAUUUGUUCCUUUGAAACCUAGAUUAAGACACUUAUUUGAAGGAUAUAUUUCAGUAGGGCAUGUUUAUUCAAGAAGUUCUUAUUAGGAGUCUCAUUUUAAAAAUGGUUUAAACCUUGGGUUGAGUGGAUCUUAUUAGCAAGUUUUGACAUGGGUAUGAAUGAUCAGUCUCCAUAGACGUGACAGUUUUUUUCUCUCAAAAGAAACCAACUCUUAAGUGGCCAGUUCAGUUACCCCGUGGUAACAGAUAUUUUCUAGUCAGUACUCAUUAUUACUGCAUGAUACAUUCAUUUAUUGGGGACACCAUGGAGUGACAAGAAGAGUUCUCCGAGCCUUUUUGGCAAGUCAUGCUUCUGUUCACAUACUUCUAACUGCAACAUUGUUUUUGUCUCUGCACUUUGUGUCUCUUGCAUGAAACAACUCUGUUUCUAUUGUGAAAAUGUUGAGAGUCAGACCAUUUCAAGUGGGAACUGACCAUCUUCUGUUGAUGUAGACUCUCAUGAUUAUCAACAUUCUUCCCCGUCAUCCUUAACUUUUUUUUUCCUUUUGACAUGACUCAUUGGGUCUUUUUCUUCACUUUUGCCUUAAUGUGUACCUAGGAUUGAGCACGUCCAUGUCAUCUGUAAUGGUCUUUGUUGUCUCGAUGCUUGCGGGUAAUUGUUCCUGGGACACCUGUUCUCCCUGUCACUCCCUGUCAGGUAAACUAAUUUUCGGGAAGGUCCAGUUCUCCAAAGGAUGGGCCUAAUUAGUGAGUUUUCUUUGCUUCCUUUGUCUGAUGUCUUGUACAAUUCUUCCAUGUUCUUUGCCCUUUCGGCCACUAAAAAGUGCCUUUCCCCAUUGUUUCCAUUUCCUUAGAAAUGUAGCUGGUGCUUGUCGUGGAAUCACAAGGUUGAUUACUCGUAUGUCUGUCUUGUAGUGCCAUAGUUAAAGUCUUGAAUUAUCAGGUGCCCUCCUUUCCCUUUCGUCACAUUUAAUCGAAAGGCAGCCCCUCAUGAAAACAGGUGUAUGAUCGUCGUAUAUACUGGAGAUCAUAGCCCUCUGAGCUGCCAUGUUCUGAAGUGGCAGAAACUGUCUAUCCUAAGCUUGCUGGGAAACACCAUGCCCCUUUUGAAUGUUAAGCUUAGUUUACUAGUUAUUUUUUCUUUUUUCCACAUUAGAAUCUAUACUCGCCAUGAUUAUCAACUUUGCUUCAUGAUGGCAAUGGCCUGCGGAUGUUUGUCUGCUACUUUCUUGCAGGAACUGGAACCUUUUCUGCUGAGAGAUAGUCCAAGGUAAACACAAAUUGCUUACAGUAACUUGCUACACAUUGCUUUGAUAUCUGCUCCGUAUUCACAGUUCCCUGUGGAUCAAUAGACCACUGCUAUAAAACAACAUCUUUGAAUCAGUUUAAAGAGUUUCAAGAAUCUGCUAGGAAAAUAUUGCUUCUGGUGCAGUUCCAGGUUGCAUCGAGAAGUUAAAUGAGUCGAAAAAAUCUGCGAUCGAGGUGCAGUGCCUUAUUGGGUAGUUUCUAGAGAAUGAACAUGAGAACCCUACCAUUUCCAUUAGGAAAAAUAUGGUUACGCGGGAACUAAUCGUACAGUAUAAUACGGCAUUGAUUUGAUGGGUUGUUAAGUGAAGCAACGUAACCAUGGAAGUGCAUUAUUGCAAAAACACAUUAUUAUGGAGAGACAACCUUGGCUGCAAACUGUCACAACCUAACCUUGUCGAUGAGGGAUCUUACAUUUGAGGAAAAGAACUGGGAGCUAGACAACGAAGGAGUUUUGCCACGUUUUGAAUGUCUCUUUUAGGCGCACCACUAAACUACAAAGGGAUAGUGGCUGUACCUUAGGGCUGUAUAUAACAGGUGGUCGGCUGGUGAAAUAGAGAAAUGCAGGUUGUAUAGUAAACAAUGAUGAAUGGUCAAUAUAGACUGGAAGCAGACAUGUAAUUUUUAAAGUUUGUGUACCUGCAGGUGCAGGAGACAUAACUAGAAGUGGGGUGGCAAAUAGCUAAGGGCCUUGAAUAACCUUCUGGUAUAUUUUGAGAAUGCAUGCAUUUCGGUUCCAGGUAAUAUGACAUACAGUUGUUUGUUUUUUUUGUCAUGCUCAUUAUUGUUAUUUAGUUUUUCCCUUCAUUUUAAAUUCCACCGAUUUAGAUGAUGUUCUCAUUUCAAAUGCAUGUAUUUCCCUCAAUGCUGGAAUUUUCAGCCUGAUUUAGACAGUUUUCUCAUUUCAAAUACAUGCAUUUUUACGGUAGGAAAACACACCCCCAAUGAUUAUGAUCCCCAUUACCAAGUGAUAUAUAUAUCAAGGGAAAGGUAGUAUUAGUCUAUGCAUUACUUCUCCAGCACAACAGUCACCAAACCAAGCCAAACACAAAGCGUCCAAACUUGCGAGUCAUGUGGGUAAGGGCUGAUGUCUGAAUAAGCUCGAAUGUUUUUCUGUGUGGAAUGACUUUAACGGUGUUGAUUGAUUGAGUAGAGUCCAUGUGGAACCCUCGUGCGAAUACCUAAGAUCCCGGCGGGUUCUUCUGCCCAUUCCUUAUUGGCACACGCCUUGAAUCUGCUCUUCGGAGUAGAGACAGGGGUUCCUGUUUGUGGUCACAUCAGCAAUCACCAGUUUCUAACCCACUUAGGAUUUUUUUUUUUAUUGACGUUUCAAGCAAUGCAUUCCCAUAUGGUGGUUAGCACUUAGCACUGAAUGGUAGUCGUCGUAGCAAAUGGUCACAAGUGUCAUUGACGGAGGGUCUACCUAUCUUGGCUGAACCAUCAAGAUACAUGGCAGCCUUAAAUUAAGUUCCAUCUUCUUGCCAAUUAUUCAUAUGAUUGUGUUCUUAAAAUAUAAGUUGUUGUACAAAAUCUUAGGAUUAGGCCUUUGAGACCAUUCGAGAACUAGCAUAGGAUAUGGUAAUGAUAUUGGAAAAGUAUAUAUAGAAUUCUCCUUGAGUUUUAAUUAGUUUCCUGAUUGAACCAAAAGAAAAUUUCCAGUUAACUUUAUGCUCCAUUCCAUCACAUCACAUGAUAAAUUGUGGUGUCAUAUAUUCAGUAUGGAAGUUAGAAUUGAAUUCUCCAUGGUACUAACCUAUUUGCAAGGUACUUUAUAGUUCAGUGGCGUUUUUUCCUUGUUAUAAAGAGUUAAGUGAGUUGGAUAAAGAUGCAUCCGAAAGCAGUUCAGUGACUUGGAUAAGGUUGAUUUUUGGUUAUGCAACAUCUUUAUUAUUAGUUUUAGCAUUUUGAAAGUUUUGACCAACAACUCAAAUGUGAAUCAUGCAAAAUAGAGGAUUACACCCUGAGGUGAGGUGUUCCCAUUGGGAACCUGCUCUAACAACUCCCCUACAGGCUAUAGCACAAGCGACGCGAGCAGGAAAAAAAAAAAACAAGAAUCUUUAGUGCCAUACUCUUUGGUACAAGGACAUAAGAACACCAUCCACCCGCAAAUGCACAACUACCCUGCAAGUUGAAGGAUUGUAUUUCUGCCCAUUGCCUAGUUACUUCCUCCAUGAUAGAUAAUGCAUUUGUUAUGUGCUGAAGAAUUGGUGGUAUAGUUGAAUGAUUAAUUUUUUUUUAUCAUUUCGCCUCCUUUUUUCCCAAAAGCAGUUAUGCCCAUUGGAUAGUCUCUUCAAAAACUAUUUGUUUACCAGUUUGUAUUCCAGUUUAAUACGAUUCGAGCCGAGAUAGGUUAAUACCUGAAAUUCUCUCAAUUAGGCGUAGCUCUUGUUUACAGUUUUUUUAAUUUAAGACGGUUCUCUUUGUGGUCAAAUCAGGAUAAAUAUUACUGAAAGUGUACGUCCUACGUGGUGCGUUUGAAGAUGUAAGCUGCCAACCAUGAAAUCAAUGUAUAACCCCACCGUCAAUACACAAAGAUCACUCUUCAGAAGAGAAAAUCGUUUAGAUACAAGGGGACUAAAGGGGUUAUAUUCCCCUAGAACGAAGCCAAGAACAGAAGUCGAACCUCGCAAACAAUUGAGGCGACAAAAGCAGAGCAUGACGGGCUACACAAUGAGCCGCUCUGUUACGAAUUCUACCAAUGAACUGAAUAUCAACCACAUCCAUCCCAUCCAAGAGUAAAAAUAUCUCCUGCAACAGGGCACCAAUCUUGCUGUCCGCUGCAUCUCUUGCCACACAUUUGUCAAUGAUUAAUUUCGCAUCUCCACAAAAUGAUAUGGAUCGGAGCCCACGUCUGCAGCAAUCAAGUAUACAAUCCCGCAAGCCCAGGGCUUCCAACACAUAGGGAUCACUAAUUGCUUCAUACCGCCGAGCUGCAGCCCCAAUGACUCCACCUGUAGAAUCAAAGAAAACAAAACCAACCGUCCCAAAACCACAAUUGGAAGUAGCAGCAUCAAAAGUAACCCGAAUCCCUGGUGUUGCAAUCGAGACCUGCACAGGCAACGAAGCUGACAAUCUUGGUUCUGGGGUAGAAGAUAAAAGAGCCUGCUCCACUUCCUUAACUUGAUGAGACCAUUGAUGAGCAAGAACAUCGAGAGAGAGCUGCUUGAAUUGAAAAACCACCAUACAACGAUUCUUCCAUAGCCUCCAGAACAAACAAAUUACCUGCAGAAUGACAUAAUCUGAAUCCGAACCAUUAGUUUUGCACAGUGUAUUUCUGAUAAAACCUGUAAAAGAAC